UUUUGUCCCUAUAAGGAAGACACGUCCCCAUAAUGUGAUUGUGUAAAGAGAUUCAGGUCCCCACAACAUGACUAAUACCUGGACCUCUCUCACACACACACAGACACACACACAGACACAUUUCCCUCCCACCUUCAAACCCUGCACAGAGUCAGUAUGUGAACGUGAAGCCACUGAAAUUUAGUCCAUCAGGAUCUUGUCUGGUCUUUGUGCUGGUUCUGAUCAUGGGUUUUUGUCUCUACCUCCUGACUCUACUUUCACUCUUCUCUCAGUCCACAGCUCAGUGGUGUUACCAGAGCCAGUACUCCUGUGAUGACACGUGCAGAGACCCGAGACACUGGGCCGCCCAGUUCCCCAGCUGUGGAGGAUUACGCCAGUCUCCCAUUAACAUUGUGACCAGUAAAGUGCACGUCAACAGCGCCCUGCCACCCUUCGAUUUCAUCGGUCACACCAAUGUCCACAACAUCACAGUGGAAAACAAAGGACAUUCAGCUCACUUUGUUCUGCCACAGUCAGUGCGACUGACCGGAGGAGCUCUGCCCGGUCACUACAGAGCUGCACAGUUCCACUUCCACUGGGGAGGGAACGGGAGACCGGGAUCGGAGCACACCAUCGAUGGAGAGAGAUUCCCCAUGGAGUUGCACAUAGUCCACAUUAAAGAGCCGUAUGGUUCUCUGGCAGAGGCAGAACAUGACAUGGCAGGAAUUGCUCUGCUCGCCUUCCUGUUUGAGGAAACAACAGAUGACCAUCCUCACCUGGACACAAUAAUCGGCGCUUUGGGCCGAGUGCAAAACAACGGCAGCAGCUCAGUGAUCCCAAACUUCAGACUCAGCGACAUUAUCCCACCUUCCAAGGACCUUCACAUGUACUAUCGCUACGUGGGCUCCAUGACGACGCCAGGAUGUGAGCAGGCCGUGGCCUGGACGGUGUUUCACAGGACGCUGUCCAUCAGCAGUCGACAGCUGGACACAGUGGUGAAGCAGUGUAAAUUCUGGACGGGCCAGCCCAUGAUCGACAUCUUCAGACCAACACAGCCUCUGGACGGCAGAGUUGUCUACCGCUCCAAAGCUGCUGCGGUUCUGACGAGUGCGAUGCACUUGUGGUUUGGCGUUUUCUCAGUUGUGCUAGUAAAUGUAUAAAAUGCCUGUGUGCUAGUGAAACAACUGUUAACUCGUUUUGUUCUUCCGUCAGAAUGACUACUACUGAAUACCAACACUAGUGAAUUAAUUACAACUGUUGUGACAGUGAGAGAAAUAUUGUGUGAAGUGAACGUUACUUGUUAUGUUCCAUCAUUUUUCACUUUCUAGAAUCAUUUAGAAAAAACUUUUAUUUACACUUAGUGAUCACUUAUAUGAUAGAUUUGUUUGCCAGAUUAGCAGGGAUUUAGACACUAAACGGACUUCUCCUCCAGCAACAUCAUCACAUUUGUGCUUUUAAAGUGAAAUAUUGACUUUUACUUUGAAACUUCUUUGUUUUGCAGUCAGAUUUGAAUUUGACAGCCAUAACAAACUGC